CACUGAUUAACUGGCACUGUCUCAGUGUUUAAUUUCAUUUUGGUUUCAGCAGACUCCUUCCUGCAGUGAAAUCAGCUGCCACACGAACCAGAAACCUUCCCAGCAGGGAGUCGGAGAGGGUAACAAAGAGGAGGGGGAAUUCCUGGUAUCUGAGGUUGAAGGGACUGUGAACGAGAGCCCCCAAAAGAUGAAGGACGCAGCGGUUCAGGAUGUGACUGAGGAGGAGCUGACUGGUUCUCUUUCAUUACACACUGAUGAGAGGAGCAGAGAGUGUGUGAAACCUCCAAACCCAGCAAGGAGAGUGGAUGAAUCCUCCCAAACCUUUGCUUGCUCUCAGGAUCCAUUCUCCUACACUGCAGACAUUGACCUGCACAGACAUAUCAAAAUAUCUCACCCCAAGGAGUAUAUCAGACAGCUGAGGACUGGAUCUGUCAACACAACCCAGGAUUCACCAACUUCUGCUGGCCCCAGUGCCACUCAGCCCAGUACAGACACAAUCAGGACCCUGGAAGUAGCCAGUACAGACACACUGACAGCACAACAGGGUUCCCAGGGUGAGAUGACUUUUAAUAUAAACAGAGGCUGUAAAAUACACAGGCAGACUCUCACAGAGAAGUCCCAUCGGUGUUCUCAGUGUGGGAAGAGCUUCAGUCGAUUAGGAUACCUAGAGAGACACAAGCAGAUUCACACAGGAGAGAGGCCCUACCAGUGCUCCCAGUGUGGGAAGAGCUUCAGUCAGUCAGGAACCCUACAGAAGCACCAGCGGAUUCACACAGGAGAGAGGCCCUACCAGUGCCCCCAGUGUGGGAAGAGCUUUAGUCAGUUAGGAAACCUAAAGAAGCACCAGCAGAUUCACACAGGAGAGAGGCCCUACCAGUGCUCCCAGUGUGGAAAGAGCUUUAGUCAGUUAGGAAACCUAAAGACACACCAGCGGAUUCACACAGGAGAAAGGCCCUACCAGUGCUCCCAGUGUGGAAAGAGCUUUACUGUGUUACGAAACCUAAAGAUCCACAAGCGGAUUCACACAGGAGAGAGGCCCUACCAGUGCUCCCACUGUGGGAAGAGCUUUAGUGAGUUAGGAAGCUUAAAGAGACACCAGCGGACUCACACAGGAGAGAACCCCUACCAGUGCUCCCAGUGUGGGAAGAGCUUUACUGCGUUACAAACCCUAAAGAUCCACCAGCGGAUUCACACAGGAGAGAGGCCCUACCAGUGCUGCCACUGUGGGAAGAGCUUUAGUGAGUUAGGAACCCUAAAGAUCCACCAGCGUAUUCACACAGGAGAGAGGCCCUACCAGUGCUCCCACUGUGGGAGGAGCUUCAGUCGAUUAGACAUCCUAAAGAAGCACCAGCGGAUACACAUGAGAGAGAAGCCCUACCAGUGCUCCCAGUGAUUAUCUCGAUUAUGACACAUUGAGAAGCACCACCAGACCCACUCAGUUGACAGUUCAUUAUCACAGUCAGUCCAAUAAAUGUUUGUUCUUGAAUUUUU